CACAGAACUGAAACGCUACAACCUAUGUACUUCGGAGGGAGAGGGGUAUAAAAAGAGAAAAAAUUUGACCAAUAUGGCACACUCAAUUAUUACUGCGAAAAUAAAGUAAACUGCAAUAGCCUGCUAAUUAAAUCAAUAAAAUAAAAUGUCACCUCUUCUCGGACUAAUUCUGCUUGUCGGGCUCACAGUCGCUUCACCGGCGGCAAAAGAUGUCCAGAGAUUCGAAUAUCUCGGCUCGCUCCAAGUGCCAUCUACCCAACCGGGCCGUCAGUUUGAAGAGCAUCGCUACUACGCUUCCGCUUUUUCCGGCAUUUGGCAAGCCGCCAUUCAAGAUUGUCAAGACACUUUCGGUCCAAAUGGUCACCUCGUCUCGAUCGAGUCGGAAGCCGAGGCUAGCGGGCUGAACGAGUGGAUUGAACGGCGGGGCAGCGGGGGGUCCUCGUUUUGGACGAGUGGUCAAUACGUCAUCACGAGCACGACGUGGAUGUGGGCGUCCGUUUUUGGAUCCCCGCUCAGCUACACGGCUUGGAUGGAGGGCGAGCCGACCCAGUUCCCGAAUGGACGCCAUCGUAUCUCUUUGGUCCACGUGAAUCAGUUUUCGGCCGGGUGGAAGGCCACGUUAGACUCGGAAACGAUGCGAUACGUUUGCGAAUUUCAUGUUCAACCUUAAAUUAACCAUUGGGUAUUAUUUCUAUGAAUUAAUUGCGAAAUUCGCAAUUAAUUCGCAAUUCCAUUAAUUCACAUUAAUUAAUGUUGAAAGAAAAUAAAUAGCGAACAUUUUAAAUUGUUCCAAAAAGUUAAAAA